UACUUGCAGAACAAUAUUUUUCCUGUGCAAUAAUUAAGUGUGUUAACGAUUUUAUUUUGAUUUAUCUUUGUAUGAAUUUCGUUCAGCUGCUCGAUUUUUUAAAGUGAAAUUGAUGUUGAAAUAUUACACACAAGAUUUGACAAGAAGUAUUAAAAGAGAUUUGCUGCGGGAAGAUGUUCUCCUCUGCAGACUCCAAAAAAGGCAGCUUUUUGGAGCAAACAAAGGCUGCCAGAGAAGAGCGAGCUUUUGAAAAGAAAAGAGACACUGCAGCGUUAAAAAUCCAAUCUUUUAUCAAAGGCGUCUGUGCUAGGAAAAGAUUUCGCUCGAAUGUUGUCAAGGAGUUUGAUUCUCUUGUCCUUAAACCCCAAAAUGAAAACGCUAAAAUUCCUGGAAUACAACUUUAUCAUUCCACGACAAGACUUCUUUUAAUAUGGGACAAAAAGCAGGACAAAGAAAGGAUAGAGAAAUUAUGCAGUUUAUUAGUAGACAGCCUGCAAGAAGAAAAGGCACAUCUGAGCUACAUUGGCGUGGCGCUGAACAGAGAGCACUCGAUUUACUGGAUUGCCCACAUAAAAAAGCUGCUCUGGAUAUGCUGUCAGUAUUUAGAAGACGUUUCGCCGGAGCUCUCGGCAGACGCGCGAUCACUGCUUAUGUACCUUCGCACGCUAAUUGCCUUCACCUCAACCUCCACAUGGGCCAUGCUAAAAACGCCAGCCAUGGAGAAGUUGAAGCCUGGCAUGAACAAGCUUUGUGCCAACAUUAUCGGCGAUUUAGUCACCAAAGGAUUUCUUGCAACCCUUAAAAGAGUUCUUAUCAAGGGCCUGUGUGGUGCCAAAGCAAGCUUGAAACAAAUUUCUUUAUCUGCACUCUUCACAUUGGCCCUGCGACCUCUAGUCUUGGCAGAGUUUUCCGACAAACUGCUCUCAAUGUUUUUAAUCAAUAUCUUCAGUGUUCCUGCCCUCCUUCUGCAUCUUAGUUCGACUUCACCUGAGUGUCUUAAUCAACUGGUUACAAACGAAGUGUUCAAGAGAAGCAUGGUUCUUUUGUCCACUGAGCAAAACCUGCGCAUCGUAUUUAACACCCUGGAAGGCAACUACGCCCUCUGCCUGUUAGCCAAUUUAAUCCACAUGGCUCACCUUGAGAAAGAUUCUUCUCUGAAAGAGCUCUAUUUCCCUACAUUCGUGUGUGUUGUAUCUCGGCUGCUAGAGUGCUGUCAGAAGUACGUGGGUAACAAAAAAUCUGAAGUAACCCACUGGCACCCCGUUCUCGGCUGGUUCGCCCAGGGACUCGACUCUCAGCUGCACUCGUCAAUGCCACUGGUGCGCAGGCAGCUGAGCUACCUGUGGGCCGCGCCGUUGGUCUCCAUCCUGUUGAGUGACCUGAACCAGACGGUGGAGGAAACAGGUGUGCCAGACCCCGUGGUGGCUGCGGCUGCGAGCUCCUCUGGCCAAAACAACCUCAACGCCAUGCUGAAGAAGGUGCUUGAGCGACCAGGCAAAACUAGCAACAUCAAGUAUGUCAAACUCGGCAGCCCGGAAUGCACCAGGGUUGCAAUGAUGGCAUCUCUGUACCAGACAGCUCUGAGCACCCUGACUCAGCUCAAGCUUGACAUUCUCACUGGACUCUGUUAUCAAAAUGGAAUUCUGCACCUGCUGUGGCAAUUUUUAUGGACCUUGGGACCCACUUGCGGGCUCAAAUCAUUUUUAAGCCUGCUGGAUGUUGAUUCCCGUGGAACAUGCCCAGAGUUUCAAAUGCUGACCCUUUUCUGUGACUGCAUGAACCACUACAUAACAAUUCUGGAUGACAUAGAAAUGUAUGAGCAGCAAAAACCGUUUAGAAUGGGUGACUAUGUGCUGAUGUCGAAUUUCCUCAACCAGUUUGCCUACAAAGCUGUCUUAACGGGACUAUUUGAUCCUAAAAGUCUGAACAGCAAUAGUCUCUUCAAUGCUGUACACACCUUGCUUCUGAGGCUGUACCAGAGAGACUGUCGGCGCCAGUUUACGCCUGACGGGCACUGGCUCCUCAAAGACAUUCGGAUCAGCACCUUCAUCAGCGACCUGGAAAAGGGAAAGAAAGCCAAUCAGAUAAUUCUCCAGAAGAUGCCCCACAUCAUUCCUCAAGAUGAGAGAGUGCAAAUUUUCAGAAGAAAUGUAGCUAGUGAGAAGUCAUCUCUGGGAAUUGCGGACAGUUCUUGCCACCAUUCUUCCUCUUCCACAUUGAUUACAGUUCACAGAUCUCGAAUCGUGGAAGAUGGAUACCGGCAACUAGCUGCCCUUCCUGCCCAGUCCUUGAAAGGGGUUGUCAGAGUGAGGUUUGUCAAUGAGCAAGGACUCCUGGAGGCAGGAAUUGACCAGGACGGCGUGUUUAAAGAAUUUCUGGAGGAGACCAUCAAAAGGGUCUUCGAUCCAUCGCUGAAUCUCUUUCGAACAACGGCAGAUGAGCGGCUGUACCCAUCGCCGACGUCCUCUCUUCAGGACAACCACCUGCAGUUGUUUGAAUUCGUCGGCAGAAUGCUGGGCAAAGCCAUGUACGAGGGGAUCAUCGUCGACGUGCCCUUUGCCUCAUUCUUUCUGAGCCAGCUGCUCGGCUCGCAGCAUCAAGCCUACUACAGUUCCAUCGACGAACUGCCCUCGCUGGACGACGAUCUCUACCGCAGUCUUACUUACAUCAAACAUCACCUAGGAGACGUUUCUGAGUUGGACCUGAACUUCUCCAUCGACCAGGACUUCCUGGGAAAGCUAGAAACGUUUGAGCUUGUGCCAGGAGGAAAAGCGACGCCAGUUACAAAUGAAAACAAGAUAAACUACAUCCAUCUGAUGGCUCACUUCAGGAUGCACACCCAGAUUCGCGAGCAGACAACUGCGUUCAUCAAAGGUUUCCGCUCCAUCAUCAACUUGGAGUGGCUGUCCUUGUUUUCUACUCCUGAAGUUCAACGACUGAUUUCGGGGGAUAAUGCUCCUCUUGACCUGAAAGAUCUGAGGCGGAAUACCCAGUAUUACGGCGGAUUCCACGAUUCACACAAAGUGAUUGGAUGGUUGUGGGAUGUUCUCGAAAAUGACUUCAGUGAGCUGGAAAAAAGGAGCUUUCUCAAGUUUGUGACAAGCUGCUCGAAGCCCCCUCUUCUUGGCUUUACACAUCUAGAACCUCCAUUCUCUAUUCGCUGUGUGGAGGUUGGAGAUGAUGAGGACACCGGUGACACAAUAGGGAGCGUGAUCAGAGGCUUCUUUACAAUCCGUAAAAAGGACCCCCAACACCGCCUUCCAACUUCUUCAACGUGUUUUAAUCUUCUCAAGCUUCCAAAUUAUCAAAGAAAGAGCACUUUGAGGGAAAAGUUGAGAUACGCAAUAACAAGCAACACUGGAUUUGAACUAUCAUAGUUUUAUCACCAAAGUCUUAUGAUUUGUAUAAUGUGAUAUUUGUACUUCUGAUACAUUAGUCUGUGAGAUUUUCUUCCUGGUUUAA